GACAUAUAUAUAAUUAGCAAAUGCUAAUUUAACUGCUGUUACAGAUUUGGUAAUGAUCGACAGUUGGAAGGUUUUUUCUUUAUUGCUAUCAAUGUUGUUUGUUAAAGUACUCAGCUGGAUGAGAAUGAUGAUUAUCGCCAGCCACCUCCAACCACCAUCCCCACCACCUUCUUCAACCUCUAAACCUUCAACUCCAAGAAAACAAUUUACUAACGAACACCCUUUACCUACUUUGAUCCUCAACAAUAAUUUAUCUUAUCUCCCCAUUUCUUUCCUUCAUUGCCUACACAAUAUUGGCUGCUCCAAUUUUUGAUUAAUCUUGGGAGGGGGAAAAAAAUGGAUGGCAUUUCAAGAUUGUUGGCGCUGUCAAUAUUCUUUGUGAUUUUGUUUGGUUUUCAAAGAGAGAAUAUGGUAACUAUGGCUAUUGAUGAAGAUACAAAGGCGCUUUGUAGCGUUAAUCUUGCAGAAUUUCUUCCUCCUCCUUAUGGUGGUCUUGAAAAUAUGGUUUGUCAACCUGUUUGGAACUCUUUCCUGCUACGUUACUCUCAGAGUAAAGACAAUGUGAUCACCAUUGUGUUAUCAACCAUUUACACAUCAGGCUGGAUAGGAAUGGGGUUCUCCCCAGAUGGAAUGAUGAUCAAUUCGAGCUGUAUGGUUGGAUGGGUGACUCCAGCAGGUCAUGGAAAAAUCAAACAAUAUUAUGUUGAGGGAUUCACUCCCUCAAAAAUCAUACCAGAUAAAGGGGAGCUGCCAUUGACAAGUGUUCCGCCCAUCAUCUACGUUCAAGGUGCUACAGCUUACUUGGCCUUCCAGCUGAAGUAUCCAACUCCUCUCAAAACUCAACCAAUCUUACUAGCUUUCUCCACCAAAUCUCCUCAGCACCACCAUCUCACUGUUCAUGAGGACAAAACAACCAUACAAUUCGACUUCUCUUCAGGUGGUUAUGGGUUCGAGCCGUGGAAACGGCCUCUUGCAGAAAUACAUGGUACUUCAUUUGCUGCCGCUGAUACACCUAUUAACUAUAUUAACUCAAAGAAGACCCAUGGGGUAUUGGGUAUAUUAGGAUGGGGACUAUUCUGUCCCUUUGGAGCAAUUUUUGCAAGAUACUUGAGGAGCCAACCGUUAUGGUACUACUUUCAUGUAUCUGCUCAAUACAUAGGAUUCAUAUUAGGACUUGCUGGAGUGGUUGUCGGAGUUCAACUCAACAACAGGCUGCAACCCCAUAUUCCAGGACAUCAAGGCAUAGGCAUUCUUAUUCUUGUGCUUAGUAUUCUUCAGGUUUUGGCAUUCUUUGUAAGACCAGAUAAAGACAGCAAGUAUCGCAAGUACUGGAAUUUGUAUCACGCUUGGGUGGGCAGAACUGCUCUCUUCUUUGGAGCUGUGAACAUAGUAUUGGGGAUGCAUUAUGCAGGCGCAGGGGAAGGAUGGAAAAUAGGCUACGGAUUUGUUCUCGGUUCAACAAUGUUGGCAUGCAUCAUCUUGGAAACGUUGUUAAGGCUAAAGAAGUUGGACGAACCAACUGUUCCUUCAAACUACCCUAUGACUUCAAUCUAGCAAAGAUCUAAAAAUAUACAUUGUUAUAGGUAGACUGUGUGAACAAGUAGAACACACCCCCACCCCCCACCCCCCACCCCCACCCCCACCCCCCAACAUUAAGUUCAUUCACCAUGAGUGCUCUUCACAAAAGUUGUACAGAAUUCCGUCCCAAAUAUGCUUUUGUGGAUGAGUUUGGAUUCUGCAGGCUUAGCACAUCUGAGGGCCAAAGCCUCCUUGAAACAAACUCAACACCGUUGCUAGUGCUCUUGGAAAAUAUCUCCUCUGAAGGACGACCUGAACUUUCCCGUCUUUAUUUCACAUUCUUUAGUGCUUUUGAAGGGAUUACAUGUAUUGACAACUUUUAUCUAGCAAACAUUUGUUUGUGGAGAUCAAUAGUAUAGUAUCGUGACAUUGAA